UCUGCGGCGGCGGGGGAUGGCUCCGCUGGGGAGCGGUGCCAGCCUCCCCUGCUGUCUCACGGAGCCGAGAGCUCGCCCUGUGCGCGGCUCCCCUGGCCGCCCUCUCGCCCUGCCCGGUUUCCCUCCUCCCGCGGAGCUGACUGCCGUCGCUGGGGGAGGGCCGCAGGGCACGGCGCUUUGCCCCGACGCCCCCCGGAUCUGGGUCGUGGUCUCAGGCACAGAGCCCCGACCGCGGGCGGUGACUAACCCCGACAGGUGGCUCAGGCUGGGGAGGAAGCACGCCCGGCAUUGCAUUUCCACGUCACCCUCCCCGGCCGCAGCCAGCUGACGAAGCCCGAGCGCAGACCCAACGCGCUCACGAUGCUUCCAGCGGGGGUUGGCAGCGGGAUCGCCCGGAGCAGGACGCGGACUUAAGCCUGGGGGCUUCCUGGGAGAGGCGCCGGGGCCGCCCCACGCCCGCCCCGCAGCAGCAGCGGGGCCGGGCCCUCCGCGCCCAGCCCACACCAGAUGGGGAAGCCAUAGGGAGUUUGUAUCAUGGCAACAGAUGAGGAUGGACUUGGACUGUUUGAUAUCCGCUAUGGUGCUGAAGCGUCCCCUUUCAAGGAAGGUGAUGAGAGCUCAGUGGAUAUUUAUGAUGGCUUGGACAAUGGUUUGACAGUUCCUGACAAUUCUGCUCCAAAUUCUACACCAGCUGGAAACAGCUUAAAUUUAUUUGAUGAGAUAUUAAUUGAAGAAGGGACUGCAAAGGAAGCAUCCUACAACGAGUUGCAGGCAGAGUAUGGAAAAUGUCAGCAGCAAAUUAAAGAGUUGAUGAAGAAAUUUAAAGAAAUACAGGCACAGAAUGUCAUUCUACAGAACGAAAACCAAGCUCUCAAAAAGAAUAUUUCAGCACUUAUCAAAACAGCAAGAGUGGAAAUUAACCGUAAGGAUGAAGAAAUCAGUAAUCUCCAUCAAAGGCUAUCGGAAUUUCCUAAUCAUCGAAGUAGCUUCACCAGAACAUACCUUCCAGGCUCAAAUAAUGGAAGGUGCUCUGAGAUGUGUAAAACAAAAGAUUCCAAGUUCCGACCAUCUGAUUUAGGUGACAGUAUAAAGAUGGAGCACAGAAUGAAAAAUGACUCUUCAAAAGAUACACAUCACAGUUACUCAUCUCAUAAUGCGGACAACGGGAAGUCUAGCUCUGAAAAAAGGAACACUCCACAUUUACUGAGAUACCCUCCUGAAGAGCUCUGCAAUGAUGGUGCUCAUACAUGCCUACCGAACUAUGACCAUAGUUCCAACAAGGAUAACAGAAAGGAAAGAAAAGAAACAAAAAGUAAUGAACAGUAUAGUAGGGGAAAUGCCCACAAACACAAGAGAGAAGUACAUCAGAGCACUGGAAACAGUGGUAACUGUAACAGUGGUGACAGUGAAGAGGGGAAUUCAGAUCCUCAGCAAAAGCUGAAGACUGUUUCAGAGAAGGCUAGUAAAAAUGAGUCGCAACAAAAACGUCAGAGUAUAAAACUGAAAUGCAGUCCAAGUGUAGAAAGACGAGCAGAAAGGGAUGUUUCUUCCUGGGAGAAACUAACUACCAGUAAAGACAGAUUUCAAACAAGAGGUGAAUUGUAUGCUGACGAGAGAUCACAACACUUAUUAAAAAAAGACAUUAAAACACAUGAUAAAGAUGAAAAAAACGCUGGCCAAAAAACCAAACAAAAUGAAAAGUUACAAGAACAACCAAGGAGGUCUGGUAGAGGGAGCAGUCCACACUCAAAGAAUGAACAUUCAAAGAGUCUUCAUGAAUCACGUAAAUGUCGUGUGGAAGAGUCUAGAAAAGGAAGAGACAGUGACUGCAAGAGAGACAGGGGAACAAAUGAUCAUCCUUCUCGAGAAGGAAGGACUUCACCUUCUAAUUCCAACAGCAGAGAGCAUAAAUAUGUGCGCUUGAAGGACAGUAGUAGAUAUGAAUGGGAAACAGCACAUUCCAAAUCAGAAAGGCACAGAACUGAAGAAAAAAGGAAAAGAGAGAGAGAUAAUCAGGAUGAAAAUAGACAUUUUAGACAUGAAAGAAAAGUUGCAAAAGGGAUUUCUCACCAGUCUGGAAAAGAAUCCAGGAAAGGUACAGAUGUUACAAAAAGUGAGAGAAACAAGUCCUGUAAGCUAGAAGAAACAUACAGAGUAUCAGAUAGCUUAAAAGACCAUAAAAUCUCCAAAACUAAAGAUGAUCACACUGGGACAAAAAGCAAAGACUUAAAACUUAGCUUUAUGGAAAAGCUAAAUUUAACUCUUUCUCCUGCUAAGAAACAAUGUGUCUCUCCACCAGAUGGACUUAAAACACCUUCCCAAAAGGCCACUGAUGAGGGAAGUACAGAGGUCACGCUGCAGGAAGAACUGUUAGAUCCUGCCCACCCUGUUAACUGUGGUCCCACGGAGCAAGCUAAUUCAGCACUGCAAGUUCAGGACAGUGCAGCUCAAAGUGAUGCGGGACCAGCACUGCCUGUUUCUGUCAGUUCUGAAAAUGAAACUUUGAAAGCAGCAGCAGCAGAUCCAGCACAGUCUGAAGCAUUACCAGCAGUGACAACUGAUGAACUGAGCUUGGAAAUGUUACCAGAAGCAGAAGUGGGUCAGGCAGAGCCCCAGGCCUUGCCAGGAACAGCAGAGGUACUGGGUCCUGAUGAGAUGCAGGCUGAAACGUUGUCAGCGGCAGCCCAGACUUGUGAUCCAGUUGAAUCGGAAGCCUCAGCAGCAGCAGCGGCAGUGACGGAACUGAAUGACCCUGAACCUUUGCCCCUGGAAGUGGCAGGGAGUGUGGCAGAGUGUGAAGAAUUGCCUGUGAUAGUGGCUAUAAUGCAGGAUGUUAAUGUACCAGCAGCAGAAGUGGCACAGUCUGAACCUGCCAGUGAAAGUAUGGGAGCCCUUCCAGAGUCAGCAGCAGAGAAGAAAGAGGAAGAUAAAAUAUGGCUACCGACUGACAUAGAAAGCUCAGUAGACCAGCAUGGCUCUCAGAACCUUGACUUAGAUGACUCAGAAGCCAAAAGCUCUGGUGACGUGGAGUCCUGUGAUGUUGCAGAGGAUAUUAGCAAAACAAACCCAGACUCUUUAAUGGAAGUAGUGAAAGAUGACGAUCACUUGGCUGCAGAAAAUGUUGAGCAUCCUGUUGAGGAAAAGGGUAUCUGUGAAAUUAAUAUGAGUACAUCUCAGUCACCUGAGAGAACUAUGUUAACAGAUAAGGAUGAACCAUUAGUUGACCAGAAUGCUUGUGAUCUGGAGCCAGACCUAACUGAAAUCAGUACUGCGACAUCUUCGCUUAGUGGUGAGAUGUAUCCUAGAACUAAAGAGAAAGAAAUUAACUCAGUUCUUGUUGACGAUGACAGCUCAAUACUGAGUAUUGAUCUCAAUCACUUAAGGUAUAUUCCAAAGGCAAUCAGUCCACUGAACAGUCCAAUGCGCCCUUUGGCUAAAGCACUUAAGAUGGAAAGUCCGUGCAAAGGUCUUGUGAAGAGUUAUAACAAAGAUUUAGUUCCUGAAAGUACGGUUGUCGUCUGUCCCUCAAAGAAUUUGUCAAAGGAAGUAAACAAAGAAAAUCAGAAGCCAGUUAGCAUGUCUGAUGAACACUUGGAGAUGGAGUCCCAGCUGAGUAUCUCUUCAGAUGAAAUAGAAGAAGGAGAAAUCAUAAGUAGUGAUGAAGAUGAAGAAAAAACUAAACCAGAAAGAUGCUCGGAAAGGACAAAAAAGUCAAGACCAAAAGCUUCUCCGGAGACACGAAAUUUGACCAGCAGUCCACAGAACCAAAAGAGCAAAACUGUGUGUUGCAGUGAAGAUAAUGGAAAAUUUGUUUCUGUGAAAGUAAGUACAAAGAAGAACGGAGAGAGGCAUAAAAAUCAGACUUUCAGAUCUUCAAAGGAUAUGAAGAAAAAUAAAACUGUGAGCAUUGCUUGUCUUGAAAAAAUAGUUCAUGUUAUUGUUGAACCUUCAAACGUACAAGAAAUCAUGCAGAUGCUAAGAGCUAUACGAAAGCAGAUGAGGAAAAAUUAUAUGAAGUUCAAGGUACACUUUCCAGUUCAGCAUUUUCACAGAAUUAUAGAAUCUGGUAUCAUAAAUUUUACAUCAUUAAUAAAAUACUUGAACUUUUCCAAGAUGUCUACUUUAGGUGAGACAUUAAAAUUGAAUAUUUGUGAUAUUAUAGAGUCCAAACUUAAGCAAGUUAAAAAGAAUGCAAUAGUGGACCGUCUUUUUGAACAACAGGUAUCAGAUAUGAAAAAACAGUUGUGGAAAUUUGUAGAUGAACAACUUGAUUACUUAUUUGAAAAGAUAAGGAGAAUUAUAAUAAAACUAUGCGAUGUGGUAAAAGUGGGAAAUGAGAUUGAGGAAGGGAAGUUUGAAAGAGCAGGAAAGGAAAAACACAAGAUCAGUCAUAAAAAUGAUGUGCAGAGAUCUAGAAAAAAGUCCCUGAAAUCCAGAUCUCAAAAGCCUGAAGAAUAUAUCCUUUCCAAGCAAAUUGUGGAUUAUCAACGACCUAAGUGUCACCAUGAGAAAAGUAAAACAGAUGCACCAAAAACUGCCUUUACAAAAUGUCUUAACUCCAUUGAUAACACGAGGAAUUCCCAAACCAAAGUUCACCUCUCUAAAGAGAAUAAUUUGCAAGGCACUCUCACUCCACUGAAGGGUGCAAAAUAUGAAAAAGAAGGAUUCCAGCUAUCCAGAGAUGGUAAUAAGUCUGAUCUUAGUUAUGAGCUUCUCACAGAGCAACAAGCGUCCAGUCUUACGUUUAAUCUCGUAAGUGAUGCUCAAAUGGGUGAAAUUUUUAAAAGCUUAUUGCAAGGUUCUGAUCUCUUGGACAAAAAUGGUGGCAAUAUCGACAGACAUGAGUGGGAAUUCAGGACACCUGAAAAACAGUUUUUAGACAGUCAUAAAUGCAGAGGUAGUGUGGCUGGACUGGUGCAAGAGAUUGCUCCAAAGGAGGCUUGUGUGGAAUCUCGACCAGUGGAGGAUAUUAAUUGGCCUAUUGUUUCACCUGUAAGAACUCCUUCUUUAACAUCUAGGCUUCAGAUGUCUGUUGAUCCAGAUGUACUGGAUGAAAGCUGUAUGUUUGAGGUUCCUACAAAUGCAACUUCAUGCAAAGAAGAUGAAUGCAGUUUACAAAGGAAUAAAUCAUUUGUUUCUUCUAUCCUCCUUGAAGAUUUGGCUGUUUCCUUAACUAUUCCAUCACCUUUGAAAUCAGAUGCUCACCUCAGCUUCCUAAAACCUGAGAAUAAUUCUAGCUCAACUCCUGAAGGUGUUCUCAGUGCACAUUACAGUGAAGAUGCACUUCUUGAAGAGGAGGAUGCUACUGAGCAGGACAUUCAUUUGGCUUUAGAAUCUGAUAACUCAAGCAGUAAAUCAAGUUGUUCUUCAUCAUGGACAAGUCGGCCUGUUGCCCCCGGUUUUCAGUGUCUCCCCAGCCUACCAAUGCAAGCAGUAAUCAUGGAAAAAUCCAAUGAUCAUUUUAUUGUGAAGAUUAGGCGUGCGGUGCCAUCUGCCUCACCAGCAUCUGACCAGAUGGCUUCAGUGAAGGAAACACGGGCAUCCUUGACCAGGAAUGAAAAAGAAAUGAGAAGUGGAAAAAAAGAAAGGGGCAGUCAGAGUGCCACAACAGCCACUGUGCAGGAAACUGUCAAACGAGAUCUAGAUAAGACGGAUCAGUUGCUUCGUGUCAGGACUGAACAAGAACAAAAUCCUGCCUUACCUCAGCCUCUAAAGGAGUCACAAAAUAGUAUUGGAAAGGAAGAAACUACUGCGUUGCUUGGACCCUGUAGAAAAUCUUCAGACACAGAGAGCCAGGACACUGAGAGCCCAGAUGAAGGCUCUGAGCAAUCUCAGGCACAAAAAUUGGAAGCAUCUGAAAAAGUAAAUGAAAUGGAUGUUAGACCUCAAGCUUCUUUUCCUGCUGGAUGCAGUGUAGAGUCAUACAUAGACUUAACAGAUGAUAUUGUUAGUGAAACUUCAUGUCUUGCAGUAGAAUCCACUGCAGAUAACAGGACUCAGGAAACUUCUACAGCUAACUCAGAAAACAGGGAUAAAAAGGAAGAACUAGAAGAGUGCUCUGAUGCAUUUAUAGACUUAACAGAAGAGCUUUCCAAUGAAACUGUAGCGGGUGAAUGUAAUCUUGAAACAAAAACCACUUUAAACACUGAUGCAGGGUGCCAGAUAAGUAUAGAUGAUAAAACUAGUAAAAAAAGGAAAAAGGAGGCUGUCAGAGAGAGUUCCAGCUCAAAAAGGCAACGAAAAGAAACUGAAUCAGUGGGUGAGGGAGAAGAUGCGAGUGAUGUGAAACCUGAAGAGGUAAAUUCAGCACACAGAAGAUGUUCCAGUAAGAAGAACGAGUUGCAGCAGAACAAAGACUCUUCUCCUUCGGCUUCGUCUGCAUCAUCACCUAGUCUGUAUGCCAAAAACAUCAUUAAAAAGAAGGGAGAAGUAGUAGUUUCCUGGACAAGAAAUGAUGACCGAGAAAUUUUACUGGAAUGUCAGAGAAAAGGACCAUCAAGCAAAACCUUUGUUUCCUUAGCCACUAGGCUGAACAAAAGCCCAAAUCAGGUUUCAGAAAGAUUCAAGCAGUUAAUGAAGCUGUUCAAGAAAUCCAAGUGCAAAUAAAAUUACUACCAAGUUGCUUCAUGGCUACAGGGUUUAGCUGUUACCAGCAAUGACGGACAACAACCACUGCCUUCAUAUGGCAGGAUUAGUGGGAGGUAUCCAAGUCAGAAUACUAAGUUUGGUAGAUCUGAUGCACUGUUAAGUAUUGACUUCCCUGUCCAUGUUUCCUCUGAAGUGCUUUAUCAGAGUAACACAGAGGGAACUUUACAAACAAACUGGCUAGGAAAGAAUGCGCACGUACAAAUGGAGCAGUAUCAUUGUAAGGGGGUGACGUCUCCUGUUGGUUAAAUGUGCUCUAUAAGCAAAGACAAGGGCGUGCAGUCAAGUGAAAAUGGUAGCUCUUGCUUAACUUGUCGGAAGUACUGCAUACAGUGAUGCUGAACUAUGAUUUUUAAGAAGUAACAGUGCUUUGGGAUGCAGUUGGUAGAUAAUCCUGGAUAAUGACAGGUACAUUAUCUUGCUUACUUUGAAACAUAUUUUAAGAAGUUAGGCCUUUUUUCUUUUAAAAUAAGGUAGGACAAUGAUAGCAGUAAUUCCAAAAACUGCUUAUCUAGUAACUGGAUCCUGGCAAUAAGGAAUAGGUGGUUCUGGCUUCUUUGUCAGUUGCUCGUAGUGGGUUUCAAGGAGAGAAUCUGGCACCAACUGUAGGGUUCGUCUUCAACUUUAAGCACAUUAUCUAAGCCAUUUUGUGAUUACUCCAGUGUUCAACAGAGAUGACUGAAUUUAUCUUUGUGGGUGCCUAUCUGUCAUCGCUGGCAAUGGAGAAAAUCUAAGCCAAUUGUCUACUCUAGACCCCUAACUUUCUGAUUUUGGAAGUCAAAUAAAAUGAGCCCCAACCUCUGUGAGAGAGUGAAGCCAGUCAUGAAUACAGUGACCAGUUUUUCAGUUUCUUUUAAAUCGGGAAAUGCUGUAAUAAGUAUUCAUUUACAAAGAACAGUCUUGCACUUAAAAAUGUUUUGCAGUUCUGAUGCUAUUUAAAAAGCCCUACUACUGAAUUUUGAAUAGUUGGGGUUUUUUUUUCCUUGAAAAAUAUAUUGGGUGGUUUUUCCUUUUUCUUUGGAAAUGGCUAAUAUGUUUUCUCUGCUCCAAAUUACAUCUGGGAAAGGUACAUAAGUUAGUUAAAUCUUGAACAUAAUGAACAUUCUGUUUUCUUAUUUAAAAAAUUGACAAAUUAUUAUCUUUUUUUAAUUAAUUUAGGAAGGGGACCUUUACAGUUUUAUAAAAUAUGACUUGAUACUUACUAACCAGGAGAACAACUCUUCUGUAAAAACAGGCAGUUUCAAAAGCUUGUCAGCUUGGCAUGUUAUGACAGCAAUUGUAUCUAUCUUUACAAAUUGUUUAGUACAUCAGAAAUUCAUUAUGUUCUAGUUUAAAGAACUCUUAAAACUCAUUCCAGUUUUACUAGGACAUACUAGAAGUGUGUGUGUGUAUAUAUAUGUGUGUGUAUAUAUAUGUAUACACACCCCCCUCAUAUAUAUAUUGCUGCUUUAUUCCAAAUUUCUGAGAAGUUGUUUUUUGUGUUGGUUGGGUAAGAAGCAUUCCUGGAGGUUGUGCAGGGGUUUGUAUUGUGAAUUCAUUUGUGUUUGAGGUUUUAUUCUUUACUGAGGAUCAGAAUUGCUGUAGUCUUUAUUCAGUGAGAACAUCUGCUGAGUUUAGUUAGGUGGGACUCUUAAAUGAAGUCUAAGUGCUUUGCCUUUCAACUUGGAUUAAAAUGGCUUUUCUUCAGAAUCCAAUGACUGCUUCUUCAGUUUCAGCAUAAUGGUUGUUUUUUUGUUUCCUCCCAAACUAGUGGGACAGACUUCUUAUUCUAAUAAACUAUCGGAUAAUUUGUCAGUGAGGUUGCCACUGAUGCCUUCAGAGCAUUGUAAAUGUGACCUGUGGAAUGGAUUGUCAUGCUGCCACGCAGUGGAUCAUCCUCAAUUUAAGCAGUGCUCUGGAAACUGUUACAAGGAAUGACUUGAGUCAGUGGUGAUGUUUGUUUUGGCAGUCUUCCAUCUUAUGUGCUUACUUCUAAAACAUUUGCUUUUGAUGACCAAGUGUCAUCUUCCAUGCUACGCCAGCAGCACAUAGUGAUUUCGGUGGGGGAUUGGUAUACCUACCCAUGGAUGUUCUUAACAAACCUUUGUGACAAUUGUUUACUUAUUGGAGAUCUGAAUCUGUUCUCAGAACAGUCAGUGUGCACAGCAGAGUUCAUGUUUCUGGAAAAAUCAGACUCUGCUAAGAGUAUUUUUUUUAACCAUAUCCUUAGAGAUCAAAACAUGCACAGUACUGAAGGCACUGAGGGAAGCAGCUUCUCUCCGCUUAAGUGCUUCCUCUCUGUCUCAAAAAAGCAGGCAGUAUUUUAUUAUGAAGUUGUUUAUUCCUUGUCUGUGUUUGUUUACUUUCUUAUCUGUACAGGUGUGGGGGGGUAUGGUUUGACUGUUCUGGUUCUGACUCGGAUUCCUUUUUUGUAAGUUAUGAAACUUUUUUUAAUGUUCUGCCUAUUGUAAGUACGUGUACAGGUUCCUACAUGGUCAUGUAAAAUAUCUGAUAUGUGUAUGUAUAUAUAUAAAUAUAUGUAUAAAAAUAGAGAGCGCUUUGUUUAGCCAAAGAUGAUUUUUUUAACUAUAUAAAACUCGGGGUUUAUUUUGUAUAAACUAAACAGUUUGCUUACUGUAAGAGUAAUGCAAAAAAUAAAACUGUAAAAUUCAAAGACA